AAAAAAGCACCUUAAAAAAUAACAAAAAAUAACAAAAAAACAAAACCGAAAAUGAGUCCGAAAUAUUGUUACGUACUUUUAGCCCUAAUUGUAGUGUUAUCUAUAAGUUUCACAGAAAUCGAGUGCAAACGAGUGAUUUUCUACAACAGCGAACAAAAAGUUCAGGAGGGGAAUCUCUUUAUCAGUGUGGAACGUUCAAAACCAUGUGCAAUGGGAAUGAAGCGAGAUCAUAAUGAUCGUUGCCGGCGAGUUGUAAAUUACCUUAAAAAACGUAAUCCCCGCAAAGUGCCGCAAAAGAAAGUUUAAAUUCUAUAACUCAAAUGCAAUUAAGCUGAGGUGUGAAUGUUUAUAAAUAGUGAAAUUGUGUGUAAUGUGUGAUUAAUUUAUUGAAACAAACAAAAAUUAUUACGUUAAGGAACUAUUUAUACUUAGAAAUAUAAGUCAUAUAGAGUUAUUAAGUAAAAUAUCGGUACCUACCUACUGAUAAGAAAUUAAUUUAUUAUAACCGUGAGUGUGAAUUUCACACAUGUUUUCUUUAAUUCCAAAGAAAUCUUAUCAAAGACAGAAUACUAUGCGUAAUUAAAAUUGAUUAGUUUUUUAGUAUUUUUUUUUAUUUGAUAGAAAUAAAAUUUUUAAGCUGCA